AUGAGAAUAAAUAAGACUAUAGAGAAGAAAAGUAAAGAGACACAUAAAGAAAAUCAUGUGGAAAAUAAAAUAGAUAAAAGAGAAAAUAAAAAUGGCUACGAUAAUCAUGAAAAUAUAAAUUAUAAUAACAUAAAUAGUGAAAGUAUAAAAGAUGAAUGUGUAAAUGAUGAAAAUAAUAAUUAUACAGAAAAUAUAUAUGAAUACUUUAUAAAUGAUAAAAAUAUUCCCAAUAAAAGUAGAAAUUAUGAUGAAAAUAUAAAAAAAGGGAAUUUUUCGUCUGAUUACAUUGAAAAUUCUAAAACAGUGACGAUUUAUGAUAACUCUGAAAAAAGUAUAAAGGAAAACAAUAACAACUACUCUUAUGAAAAGAAAAAAACUAUAAAUGACAAAUGGGAAUAUAUAAAUAAAGAAGAAAGAAAAGUCACCUAUACAGAAAAAAAUUUAAAUAGUAUAAUAGAUGAUUCAAAAAAUUAUGCAGACAAUAAAAUAACGAUGAAUAAUAAUAAUAUUUCAUAUUAUGAGAAAACACUACAAGAUGAAAAUGAAAUUAGUGAUAUCUCGACUGACGAAAUUUUAAGCGAUUUGGAUACAGAAAGUGAUGAAGAAAAAAUAGUUGAAGAAAUAAGAAAAUAUAAUGAAAAUAUUUACGAAAAUUUCAAUAAUAAUGAAAUUUGCAUACUAUCUGAAGAUAUUAAGAGAAAAGAAAAAUUACUAGAAGAAGAAAAUAAGAAUAUAUGGAAUCUAAAAAAUAGGUGUUCUAAAAUUGAAAAAUGUAUUGAGAUAAAAAAAAAAAAAAUAACAUAUAUAAAGACAAAAAUUGAUGAAAAAACUGGAAUAGAAUUAGAAGAAGAGGAGAUUUGCAAGAAUACUGAAAUUAAAAAUAAUUUUUUAAAAAAAGAAAAUAGAAAGUUAAAACUAGAAAGAGAAAAAAAUAAUGAAAAAAUAAUAAAAACUCAAGAUGAUUUAGAGAAAUGUGAAAAUGACAUAGAAGAAAUAAAAAAAAAGUUAAUUUAUAAAGAAGAAGAGUUAAAUGAAUGGAUUAAAAGAGUCAACAAAAUACAAGAAGAAGAAUAUGAAAUAGAAAAAUUUAGAUUAUCAAAAGAUAAAGAAAUAGGAAAAUUAUCUCUUAACCUUGAAAAAUUGAGUGAACAAAAAGUAGAAUAUGAAAAAAAUCUAAAUAGCUUUAAAACAAAAAACAUGAAAUUAAAUAUCGAAUUAAAAUCCAUUACUAAUGAAAUACAGGAAACAGAAAAAGAAAAAAAAGAUUUAUUUCAAAAAUGGAAAUGUAUACUAGAUUCUAUAAAUAGUAGAGAUGAAACUAUAUUUAAAUUUGAGGAAGAUUUUAGAAAAUAUUUAAAUAAAGAAAAAAAAUUACAACAAAAAUCCGAAAAAAUAGUUUCAAAUAUAAAUGCACAAAAAAGUAAAAACAAUGAAAUAAAUGAUAAAAUAAAAGUAUCUCAGCUAGAUUUAAAUAAAUUAAGAAAAGAAGUUUCACAGGUUAACUAUAAUUCAAAUAAAAUAAUUAUAGAAAGGGAUAACCUAUACAAAGAUUAUGAAAGUGAAAAAUUGAACCUUAAAGAAAAAUAUGAAGAAAAAAAAAAUUUAGAAGCUUAUUUAAAUGAAUUGCUAAAAGAUUACGACAAACUUCUAAUAAAUCGUGAAGAAUCAAAGAAAGAAUUUAUUAAAGAAGAGUUAAAGAAUGUUGAAAAAAAUGAAUUAAUAAAAUCAAGCGAAAAAAUAUUAAAUGAAUUGCAAAAUAAAUUAAGAAAUUUAAUUUCGGAAAUAAAAUCAUUAGAUGAAGAAAAAUUCUGUUUAUCAGAAGCGUUACAGAAAAGCAAAAACGAAUAUUCAAUAUUAGAAUCUAAUGUCUUUGGUACUCAAGUAAAAAUUAAACAAAUUAAAAAUAAUAUAAAGAAGAUAGAACAAGAACUAGAAAGACAAAAAGAAAUUUUAUAUAAAUUUGAUUUUCAAACACAAGUUUUAACCAAGAAACUCAGUGUUAUAUCAGGAAUUAGCACUUUUGAAAAAAAAAAAGAAAAUCAAAAAAAAAUUACCACAUUAGAAAAAGAAUUGUCACAAUAUGAAAGUAUUUUUAAUACAUUAAACAAUGAAAUUAAAAGUAUUAAUGUAGAAUUGAAAAACAUCAAAAUUUAUCAGAAUAAUUUAAAAGAAGAAAAAACUAAUAUUUUAAAUUUAUCUGAAAAAUUACAAUUAGAAAUUAAGUCCUUAGAAAACACUCUAAAUAAUGAAAAUAAAGAGAAAGAAAACAUUAUGUUAAUAGAGAUGAAUUUAAAAAUAGAACUAGAUAAACUGAAAGCAAUAUUUUCCAAGCAUUUAGAUAAUUUAAAUCAUUUAAAAGAAAAAAAAAAAGAAAAGUUUAAAGAUGCCAAAUUAAACGAUCAAGAUAUUUCUGCUAAUAUUGAAUCUUUAAAAAUUAUUAUCAAGAAUAUAAAUGAAGAAGUACAUAAACUAAAUAUGCAGUUAUAUGAUAAAAAAAAUAGAUGUAACCAUUUGGAAUCAAAAUUAAAUAGUAUUAUUGAAAUGAAUAAAACAGAAGAGGAUGAUAGCAUUAAUGAUGAAAAUCAUAAUAAAUACAUUUAUUAUAAAAUUAAAAUGGAAGAAGAUACAAUUAAACUAAAGGAAGAAAUAAAAAAGAUAGAUGACAAAAUAAUAAAAGAGAGAGAAGAAACAAAUAAUUUUCAAAAAACAUUAAAUGAUAUCUUACAAGCAAAUAAAAUUUUCAAUGACAACAUAAAUUGUAUAGAUCCUCAAUAUAAAUCGCUUUUAAAAAAAAAAAAUAAACUAAAUAAAAAAUUGAAUGAAAUAAAUGAAGAAAUAAGAAUUACAGAAAAAAAUAUUAGUGAUCACAAUAUGAAAAUUGAAAAUAUAAAAAAUGAAUUAAACUCUUUACUAUUAAAGAGUGAAAAUAUAGAAAAAGACUUAGAAAUUUUUAAAGAAAAUAGUAAGAAAAUGGAAAAUUUAUUAAAUGAAUUAUACACUAAAAUUGAAAGAGCCUCUAAUCAUUUGAAAAAUGUUUUAAGUAUUAAACAGAAAUCAUUAAAAGUAAAGACAAAAAAUGAAAGCACACAUGAAAUAGAUAAUAAUAUUACUGAACAAGUUUCCUUGGAAAAAAAAAUCUUUAAACAUAUCCAAAUGGAAUCACUUAGAGAAAAAUUAUCCCUUCUUUUUGAUUGUUUUAAAGAUGAAGGAGAUAAUACACUUAUGAAGGAAAUAUUUAAUAUUAUAAAAACAUGUGAAUAA